AUGCAAUCGGUUUUCGCGUUGGUGUGCCUCGUCUAUUAUUUGCUCAUUGCGAACUUCUACAAACAAUCGAACGGAUUUCAGGACCAUUAUAAUCUGACAUAUGCGUUUUGGAAAAUCACGCCGAUUCUGUUUUUGGCGGGCUUCACGUUUCUCCAUGGCGGCGGAAUGAAGCGACGCUAUCGAUUGGCGGCGGCUGGCGGACUCAUUUUUGGCGGAAUUGGCGAUUGGAUAAUUGGAAUCGAUCGCGAUGGAAUUAUUCCCGGCGCGAUUGCCUUCGGAAUUGGCCAUCUUUUCUAUUUGUCGAUUUUCAUUCGCCAUCGGACCCAAUUGCAUAAUCGUGCGGCUGUGGCGAUGCUCAUUUGGGCGGCAAUUAUCGGCCAAUUAUGCUUAUUGCCAUUAAUGCGAGUCCAUUUUGCGCCGGUUCUCAUCUUUUCGAUCUACUCGGUUUUGCUAUCGGUGGUGACCGUCAUCGCGGUUUCGCAAUAUUUGAACGGAUCGAAAACGCAGGAUGAACGGGCGCUCUUCUACCGCGCCAUCGGAUUCGGCCUAUUCUACGCGUCGGAUUCGUUUCUGAUUCUCACGCACACCGGCCAUUGGUCAUUUCAUUCUGAUCUGCUCGUGCUGGCCACUUAUUAUCAAGCGCAAUUGCUCAUUCUCUACGCCAACUCGAUAGCGUGCAAUCGGAAAUGCAUGUUCACGCCAUCGCAAUCGCUCGCCAUUUAUGGCGGCACCGCGUUUCUGGCGUACAUUGAAACGUCGGGAUACGAGAAGGAGAAGAAGGUGCUUCUGAGUCUGCCGUUUUUGGUGUUGUCGCUUCUCACGCUGGCGACGACAAUGCAUCCGAAGCCACGAUUUGCCACCGCCGCUUCGUUUCUGGUGAUGGCGACGGCGACGUACGCGCAGUCGAGUCUCCGCACGACGGCGCCAUUCCCGGCGUUGUUGAUCACCGUCGCCAAUUUGCUCUAUUAUUUGUCGUAUAGAGAUCUCGUCACGAAUCAUUCGAAGCCGGUCAUUGUGCUGUCGGUGAUCGUCACGUUCGGCGUGUUUGUGUACGUGUUGCGCGACGUCGUCGUCGCCAUACCGUACUUGGCGGCAAUUCUGAUGACGGUGUUCAUCUCGCACAUACUGCUCAUCUCGACGGCGGCCAGCGUUUGCCAAUACGGCCAACACGGCGAUUACGACGCGCGUCAGGCGUCGAUGGUCCGCCUCAUCGGCGCGAUUCUCGCGUGGCUCUCGUCGCUGCUGUUCUUCAUCAACGCGUUUCAGACGCACACGCGAACGGUGCACACCGUUUCGCGGGUCCUUAUUUAUUUGGCCAACAGCUUGUUGUAUAUUUCGAACGAGCGCGCGUUUUAG